GGGCGGGGCAGAGGCGCUGCGAGGCGCGCACGGACCAGAGCGCAGCGCUGUCAGCUCCGCACCGCGCCGGUCCCGCCGCGCCCGAACGGUGAGCGAGGGACGCGGGCAGCUCUCCGAGAGACUCGGCAUCCCGGUACCGGGACCCCGCGGCUUCCCCGUGCCUGGACUCUUCCCUGGCCGCCGCCUCUCAUAUUCCCGGCAGCACGCCGCAAUCAUGAGUGAUCGAAAGGCAGUGAUCAAAAAUGCGGACAUGUCAGAAGAAAUGCAGCAAGACUCGGUGGAGUGUGCAACUCAAGCUUUGGAGAAAUACAACAUAGAGAAGGACAUCGCUGCCCACAUAAAGAAGGAAUUUGACAAGAAAUACAAUCCCACGUGGCACUGCAUUGUGGGAAGGAAUUUUGGCAGCUAUGUGACUCAUGAAACCAAGCACUUCAUCUACUUCUACCUCGGCCAAGUGGCUAUUCUUCUUUUCAAGUCUGGCUAGAACCAUGGACUGUUACUGAAACUUGCACCUGGGUACAGGACUGCACACUGAUUCCCACCUUCAGCCUUCCUGGGGAAACUCUUGAUCUUCAGGUGUUUUGUUGCAUUGUUAAUGGUCAGGGAUUUUGCUGUAUUGGCUGGCAUUUUCAUUGUGGCUAUAUAAAAAAGCAAAAAUGUCUUCCUUGUAUUUAUUUUCCUUCAGAAGAUGGCUUCUUUGCUAAUAAAACUGCUGGAACAAGUUUAUCCCUUUA